AUGGCCAAACUUUCUCUUAUCUCGUUUUUGGCAAUUGGUCUUGCUUUACAAAAACCAGUUUCGGCGUCCUGGGAGUGGGAGAUCUUCACUUCAAGCGAUGACUGUGGCGGCGCCUCAACUCUAAACCUUACGGGCAACGGAGAACAGGGCUGCCAAAACGUAGGCUUUGCAGCUCUAUCGUUUUUCUUCACUUCCAAUGCUGGCGAGGAGCUUGAGAUCUUCUUCCUGCAGAACUGCAACACUGCCGAGAGCAGACAGGUAUUCGCUGGCAACGGAGCAUGUUUUUCCCUGCUUGAGGGUGGCAGCCCUGCCCAAUCUUUCGACAUUAUAGAGGCGACUGGGGCCAAAACGACUUUUAACAUCACUGAGAACUAUGAAAUCGUCCCCAAAGUAUCCAAGGAUCAUGCCGCCUAA